AUGAAGAAGAAGCGAUUCUCUUUUUUCUGGACCAUUUUCUGCUUGACUUGCUUGCUUGGAUUCACACAUGGAAUUCCUGGAGAUGUGGACGUCCUUCAGAAGUUGGGCCUGGUGGGACCAAGGACCUCCGACUUCUCUCACGCUGUUCCUCAGGGAGUUGUCCCAUUCCGGUUGGGAGUCAUCCUCACCCAGCAGGCACGCCUCGAGGUGCCCUCCAGCUCCAUUAUCCCCGUCCCCAUUGGCCCAGACCUGACUCUCGUGUUAAGCGUGUGCUCCUUCCGGGUCAACAGUGCUUUCCUCUUCACAGUCAAGAGCAAACGGAAGAAGUUGCAACUGGGCGUUCAGCUUCUCCCGGGCAAGCUUGUUGUCUACGUAGGUCAUAAGCGCUCCGUCUACUUCGAUUACGACGUCCACGACGGACGGUGGCACAACUUUGGCCUCGACAUCCGAAGCGGGACGGUCACCUUGCUGACCGCUUGCGGGAAAGAGAAGGUGCACGCGGAUUUGCACAAUAAGAAAGAGAAGACCUUGGACCCGGAAGGCUCUUUCCUCCUGGGGAGACUCAACCAACGCUCGGCCCAGUUCGAAGGAGCCUUCUGCCAGUUUGAUAUUUAUUUUUCCCCCAAGGCCAGUCACGAUUACUGUAAGCACCUGAAGAAACAAUGCAGGCAAUUGGAGACUCUGCGACCGGACCUCCUGUCCUUUUCCCCGUUGAUGUCCAAAGAUCUGAGAACUUCUGAAAUGACUCCAAAACAGUCGGACCUCGCAAGGAUGGGCUUGAUGAACCUGACCACUAUGGACCCUCCCUUGACGGUCUUCAAGACGCCUGCUUCUCGGAGGGAUAGGAGGCUGCAGGGAGCGUUGGCCACAGUUAGAGCUCCUAAAGCACCAUCUGCAGCACCAACCAUGAAGGUGAGGUCCACCGUGGCCUUGCCUCCUGCUCGGACGAUUGCAGAAGCGUCUCAACCCGGCCGUCAUCUCCAACAGAUCGUCACGACUUCCAGGACAGCUCGCCGGACAACCGCCAGAGUUUCAGGGGGGGCUUCCGCUGUGGAGGAACUUCAGCCAGAUGUUCUGCGUUUCCCAAACUCAACGGUGAACUUUGGCAUAGUUCCGGGUAAGAAAGAGACAAGGAAAACAUCCCAAAAGCCGAGUAGCCAAGGAGUAACCAUGAGGUCCUCUCGCAUGCUGAGCACCACAAACCCAACGAUGGAGAGUAGAAGGAACUCCUCCAGUAGACGUUCUCCAGUCACCACAAAGCACAAGCUGGAAAAGGUCACUGGUGGCCCUGCAACAAAGACAGUCGUGAUCCAGCCAGCAGGGAAGACAUCCACUCCUACUGUGGCUACCAUCUUCUACACCAAACCAGCCCUUGAAGGGCCUUAUCCUGUUUAUGAAACGCAUGGACAAAACUCAGAGGACAUCACUCUGGCUGCUGUUGAUGGCCUCCAGGACUUCAAUCCUGUGGGACCCACCCUGUUUCCCUUUGUUAUUGGCCUCCCUGGGUGGAAAGGAGAUCCAGGACCACCGGGUCCUCCUGGUUUACCUGGGAUCCUGGGCCUUCCUGGCAAGCGAGGACCACGGGGACCUCCUGGCCCUCAUGGAAACCCUGGCCGACCUGGGCCACCUGGCGCGAAGGGCCAGAAAGGAGACCCCGGAUUAUCACCUGGGAAAGCACGAUAUGGGCAGAAGGGUCAUAUGGGCUUGCCUGGGUUGACAGGAUUUCCUGGAUCACCUGGUAGAAAGGGACAGAAAGGUUAUCUCGGUCCAACAGCCACUCCGGAGAACCUAGUAUGCAAUACUUACAGUGGCAAUCGAGGUGCUCAAGGAAACCGAGGAGCCAAAGGUUAUCCUGGCAGGCAGGGAUUACCUGGACCGAUAGGGGAGCCUGGCCUAAAAGGGAGCCAGGGGUACAUUGGCCCACCGGGGCUUUUAGGAAUGCCAGGGGCCGAUGGGGAAAGAGGAAUCCCCGGAGUUCCUGGAAGAAGGGCAAGAUCGGUAGGCCGUCCUGGUUUUCCGGGCGAGAUGGGGGAACGUGGGCCACCAGGUAGCGAUGGCAACCCGGGAGACUUAGGAGCGCUUGGUCCCCCUGGAGUCCCUGGCCUUCUUGGCGAUGUAGGUGUUCUUGGAGAAAUGGGCUUCCCAGGACCAAAAGGACUAAAGGGGUUGAUGGGAAAUCCAGGAGAACAUGGACUGAAAGGUGAUAAGGGUGAGGAAGGGAUGGCAGGCAUUCCUGGAGAAAUUGGUUUCCAAGGGGACAAGGGUAGCCAAGGAUUGCCUGGGAUGCCAGGAUUACGAGGAAAACCAGGCACAAUGGGAAGAGUUGGUGAAAAAGGUCCAGCUGGAAUUCCAGGCCCACCUGGCCCAGAGGGCUUCCCAGGAAGCAUCGGCCCUCCGGGGGAAAACGGCCCCGAAGGUAUUAAGGGAAAGCCUGGCGCGAGGGGUUUUCCUGGUCCCAGAGGAAUGCCUGGCCAAGAGGGCGAUGAAGGGCCACCAGGUCCCUAUGGCCCCCCAGGGGAAGAGGGUCCUCCUGGGCAGAAGGGGUUCCCUGGCAAACCAGGCCCGGAGGGCUUAAAGGGUGAGCCAGGAAACCGAGGACGGCUGGGAAAAAUUGGUGACGAGGGUCUGAUGGGGUUCAUUGGUCCAAUCGGGGAACCUGGCGGUGUUGGGGAGAAGGGAGACCGGGGCACAGUUGGAUCACCGGGGCCAAUGGGCGUCAAGGGGUCGAUGGGUCACCCUGGAAUAUCCGGAGAAGUUGGGGAGCCUGGCCCUCCUGGACCACCAGGGUCCCCAGGAAUUCGUGGCUCCCCAGGUAUAAGAGGACCUAAAGGCCGGCGGGGCGCUCGAGGUCCUGACGGAACACCAGGUGAAUCAGGGCCCCAAGGUCUGAAGGGACAGGUCGGCGAGAAUGGGAGAGACCGGAUGCUCGUGGCUUCCCUGGACCCCAAGGCCCACCUGGCCCACCAGGAAGUUUGGGAGAAAUUGGACAUAAGGGCGCUCGAGGUCCUGACGGAACACCAGGUGAAUCAGGGCCCCAAGGUCCGAAGGGCCUCCCAGGGACAGGUCGGCGAAAUGGGAGAGACCGGAUCUCGUGGCUUCCCUGGCAUUCAAGGAUCUUCUGGGCCCCAAGGAGCAAAAGGACCUCCUGGAGACUUGGGACCCCAAGGCCCACCUGGCCCACCAGGAAGUUUGGGAGAAAUUGGACAUAAGGGACCUCCUGGUGCAGCGGGACAAAGAGGGCUUCCAGGAGAACCUGGCAUGAAGGGUGAUCUUGGUCCACUGGGGAUUUCUGGAGAGCAAGGAUUGGUUGGCCAACGGGGAGAACCUGGUCUUGAAGGAGACAGUGGCUUAGCGGGACCAGAUGGACUCAAGGGUGACAAAGGACAACCAGGCCCAGAAGGGGAACGUGGGGAGAAAGGACAAGGUGGGAUGCAAGGAAAAGAAGGGGCUCCUGGCGUUCCUGGAACCCCGGGUGUCCGAGGCCCAGAAGGAAAACCUGGCCAUCAAGGAGAAAAAGGCAAAGCUGGACUUAAGGGCAGCAAAGGGCACGAGGGGCAACUUGGAGAGACGGGCCCACCUGGAACUAUGGGUUCAAAAGGGACUCAGGGUCCCAAAGGAUCAAGAGGCACCCUCGGACCUAGGGGACCUCCUGGCCAAAUGGGGAUUGAAGGAGAGAUGGGAUUAAAAGGCUAUCAGGGACACACAGGUUCACCAGGCCCCAUUGGAUUUCCUGGACCUAAAGGGGAAAAGGGAGAACAAGGUGAUGACGGGAAGAAGGAAGGACCCCCUGGGCCACCUGGAGAAAGAGGUCCCGUCGGCAACAGGGGAGAUCGCGGGGAGUCUGGAGACCCUGGUUAUCCUGGCCGAGAAGGAAUUGACGGCGAACGAGGAAAUUCCGGGCAGCAAGGUUUGCCUGGACAUCCAGGACCCCCAGGAAUCCCAGGCCUGAAAGGAUCCAAAGGGACUCCGGGUCAACAAGGAAAACGGGGGCUACGGGGUGCAAGUGGCAGCCGAGGAUUGUCAGGUUCUCUUGGCCUGCCAGGCCCCCGAGGGGUCGUUGGGCGAGAGGGACAAGAGGGCCCUUCUGGAGUUGACGGGAUUCCUGGAAAAGAGGGCAACCACGGGCAAAAAGGUGAACAAGGUGAGGAUGGGGAAGAAGGCAUCCCGGGAAUGCCGGGGAAAAGAGGGAACGUUGGAGUCCCUGGCUUACCUGGAGCACAAGGUCCCACCGGAUUCAAGGGAGAAAGGGGUGUGCCUGGAGAGACUGGUCCAUUGGGGAAAAGAGGUUCUCAGGGUGGAAUGGGACUCCCUGGGACCUCCGGUGAUCCAGGACCCAAAGGACAGCCGGGAGACUUCGGCGAAUUGGGAUUACCAGGGAUUGCUGGGCUCUUUGGGCCAAAGGGGCCACCUGGAGAUCUUGGCUCGAAGGGCAUCCAGGGCCCUAAAGGUCCCCAAGGACUCUGGGGCUCAAAAGGUGUCAUUGGUCCAGUUGGGAUUUCAGGCCCACCAGGAAACUCUGGUCCAAAAGGAGAGAAAGGGAGCCCAGGGGAAACGGGUCUCCAAGGUCCAAGGGGUAUCCCAGGACCCCGUGGACCUCCAGGCCCCCCGGGCCCACCAGGAAUUCAAGCUACGUUUGGGCAAGAUGACUUUGAUGCAGUUUUCCACUCCAUGUUUACUGCCAGUGCUGCCUUCAGAUCAGAGAGCUACGAACAGAUGGAUCUCCCAGCGAUGGAUCAAGGAGGGGAGAUCUUUAAGACCCUGCACUACCUCAGUGUCCUCAUCCAGAGCAUCAAGAGGCCCGUGGGGACAAAGGAGAAUCCUACCCGUAUUUGUAAAGACCUUAUGAACUGUGAACAAAAGAUGCAGGAUGGUGUGUACUGGAUGGACCCAAACCUCGGCUGUGCUUCAGACAGCAUUCAGGUCACCUGCAACUUCACCCAAGGAGGUCAAACCUGCCUCAACCCUAUCACAACAUCAAAGCUGGACUUCGAUAUUGGAAGAGUACAGAUGAAUUUCCUUCACCUCUUGAGCUCUGAAGUAAUUCAGAACAUCACUAUCCAUUGCUUGAACAUGCCGGUUUGGCCGGAAGGACCGUCCGAAAGGACCUCUGUCCGCUUCAAGGCCUGGAACGGGCAGCUCUAUGAGCAGGGAGGGCAGCUCACGCCGGACGUUGUGGUGAACCAUUGCAAGAUUCAAGAUGGCCAGUGGCACCAGACUCUCUUUACCUUUCGGACGUACGAUAUCCAGCGGCUGCCCAUUGUAGACAUUUCUAACCUUCCGCCGAGCAAACCGGGGAAGGAAUAUUUCCUGGAGGUUGGGCCAGUGUGUUUCCUCUAGAAGUCAACAUCCUUGGUGCUUCACCCUUUGGCUUCUUUCCAGAAGAGAGGCGGCGUCUUCAGCCGGGGGGGACUCUUGCCCACUUGGGCAUCUGUAAACCCCGAGAUUUGGGACUUCAGCACUGGGACCUCGUCAAAUGAGAAGACUUUGCAGAUCCAUCCAUUUCUCCAUCUCAGCGCGGGGAGAAAAAGUUCAAAAAGAACCCCGGUGGACCUGAAGGAACUUCAGAGAUGGCCAGUUGAAGUAGACAUUCUCCACCCAUUCUCAGCCAAAGGAGAGAGAGAGAGAAAGUUGCUUGCAAAAAACCCAAAAUCUUCCGUGCAGUUUUUGGGUCGCCAAGCAUAAUAUUCCGGAAUCCAGGUCCCUUUUAAAAAAAAAAAAAAAUCAAGCAGAGUUUUGCUGGACAAGACAAAGGAAGCAACUUGGAAAACCAACGUUGCCAUCUUAUGACGAUAAGAUUAUUAUUUUUUAAAUCUGCUCACUGUUCUGGAACAGGAAGGAUUUUGAUGUGCAAUAUUAAACAGAGAGAUGAGAAAGAGAAGAGAGAGAGAAAUAUAUAGAUAUAUAUAUAUUAUUUAAGGCAAAAAAGAAAAAAAACCUAAAGAAAAGCCAGGGAGAUUCUUCUUCCUUUUGGAAAUGAAAAAAUCAUCCCCUUCGACGCAGGGUGGUAAGGGGAGAUAUCCCCACCCACCCACCCACCGCAACCAAGUGGAAAGGGGUGAACAAACUUUGGUGCUACAUUGUAGAAAGAGAAAACAAAAGAGAGGAAAAAAGAAAGAGAGAGAGAAAGAGAGGGACAGGCCUUUUCAAUUUGAUUCUACCUCUCACUGUGAAAAUACUUGGUGCUCUUUUAUUUUUUAAAGAAGUUGUAAAUAUAUAUAUAUAUAUAUA